UGCAGCUGAGGGCGUCCUCUCACCUGUACAGGUCAAAAGAAGCAGCGUUGCAGCUCAGGUGUGAGGGAUUUUCUACAGCAGGUGAAUGUCUCAUCUGAGGGUCCCACAGUAUGAAAUGGCUUUCUAACUUGUGUGUGUUCUGACUUUCUGAUUGAAUAAUGUUUGUUUAAUGGUGAAGUUACUCCGACCAUCACAGCUGGAAAGAUCUCAUCAUGAUAAACUCCACGCAGGUUUUAUAUUUCACACUAAGUGCCUACUUGGACACAAAGGGCUUCAAGUCUUUAUAUUUCAUCAUUAUAAUGUGUCUGUAUGCCUUCAUCUUGUUGUCCAACCUGCUGCUCAUCGUGGUGAUCUGUGUGAACAGAAGUCUUCAUGAACCCAUGUACAUCUUCCUGUGCAGCCUGUUUGUGAAUGAGCUGUUUGGUAGCACAGGUUUGUUUCCUUUGCUCCUGGUUCAGAUUCUCUCAGACGUUCACACUGUGUCUGCUCCUCUCUGUUUCCUGCAGAUCUUCUGUGUGUACUCGUAUGUGUGUAUAGAAUAUUUAAACUUAGCCAUCAUGUCUUAUGACAGAUACCUUGCUAUCUGUUAUCCUCUACAAUAUAACACACGUAUGACUGCUAAAAAGGUGGCCAUGCUGAUUGCUGUUGCAUGGUUUUUCCCCUUUCUUGCUGUUGUUGUGUUGAUUUCCUUGAGUGCUCCGCUGCAGCUGUGCGGGAACAUCAUUAACAAAGUGUACUGUGGAAACUACACCAUCGUCAAACAGGCGUGCUUCGACACCAGAGUGAAUAACAUCUACGGACUCAUUCACACAGUCAUCUCCAUCAUUAUCCCUCUCUGUCUGAUUCUCUACACGUACAUGAAAAUACUCAAAGUUUGUUAUCGUGGAUCCAAAAAGACGAGGCAGAAAGCUGUCAGCACCUGCACGCCUCACCUCGCCUCUCUGCUCAACUUCUCCUUCGGCUGUUGUUUUCAGAUCAUACAGAGCAGGUUCACUUUAAGUGUCCCCCAUGUGUUGGAUAUAUUAUUAUCUAUGUAUUUUCUGACAUGCCAGCCUCUCUUUAACCCGUUACUAUACGGGCUGAAACUGCCGAAAAUACAUAAUAUAUGUAAACGUCUGAUGUGUGGUGAUGUGUAAGUGACUCAACAGAUCAGUUUGAAGUCAUGACAACACAAUAAAAGUGCUUCUCUAUCAUUUCCAGAUCCAUCGUGACAUGAAGUCUGUAUUUGACCGCUUGUAGGAAAUGAAACACUGAAAUCACCAGACACAAUGAAACAGCAGUGCUACAGUUACAGGACUUCAUCAUCAUCAUCAUUAUCAUAAAGUCAUAGAGU